UACCAUAAAGAAAAGUUGGCCAAGGUACAAACAGAGAAGAAAGGAUCGGCGGUCAAGAUAACUGGAGAAGGAAACAGCAGUGGCAAAGAGGAAGGGAAUGAGCUCAGCAAAGAAGGCAUGUAGCCCACGGUCGCCGCCGCCGCCGCCGCCUCGACCAUGGGCGACACCUAGGCCGAGAAAGGCAGCGGCCAUGGUCAAGAGUGUGACAAGGGAUGAGAUUGAUAUGUUCUGGAGGAGGAAGAGGAUGGAAGAGGAGGAUCACCUGCUCGCAGCGCAGAAGGCGGCCGCCAGGAUCCGAGCUAAAGCACUCAAGGUUUGUGGUGAUCAGGACGAAGAGUACAAGCGAUUUGAGGAAUCUCUGAGGGAGGCAAUGGACUUCGAGCAGAAUGGAGAGGGAGGAAAGGAGGCGAGCGGUGGAGAUAACAAGGAGCUACGAAUAGGAAUCAAGGAUUGGUGGACAAAAAGUAAGUAUGCUUAUCUGAACCAACCAGCCAUUAAAUCCAUGGGGGAGAAUGCAGCACUGAAGCACGCCACUUCCACCUACAUUCCACAAAAGAACUGCUUUUGCUACUAUUCUCCUGCUACCACACCAAGUCUUCCCCACCUCAUCAUUUCAUGUUUUUCUAAGUGACCAAUGUGAGGCAUAGAAUUGUAAGUCAUAUGAUCCACCUUUAUGAAUCCCUUUGUUGAACAUCAAAGUAGCAUAUCACUCUUCGUCAUAUCUAUCUAUUUUACUAAUACAAAUGGAGUUGUAGCCCAAGUCUGGUUCAAUGUUAUAAUAUAUUUAUUA